AUGACCAGGUCAGCGUACGAUGACAGCCAAGAUGGCCCACAGCUGGGAAACGAAGCUGGGAUGCUUUAUGGAGAAUACUUGAUGCUGGACAAGCUACUGAGCGCUCAGAGAAUGCUCAGUGCUGAGUCUUCAAAGCCAGUACACGAUGAGCAUCUGUUUAUAGUAACACAUCAAGCGUACGAGCUGUGGUUCAAACAGAUUAUAUUCGAGGUUGAUUCAGUACGAGCAUUAUUGGAUGUAGAAGGUCUAGAUGAAAGUCACACUAUGGAGAUCUUGAAGCGGCUGAAUAGAGUUGUUCUCAUACUUAAGCUUCUUGUAGACCAAGUAAUGAUCCUUGAAACAAUGACGCCGCUUGAUUUCAUGGACUUCAGGAAUUACUUGCGACCGGCGUCCGGCUUUCAAAGCUUACAAUUCAGACUUCUAGAAAAUAAGCUGGGACUCAAGCAGGCUCUGCGUGUGAAAUACAAUCAAAAUUACCAAACAGUUUUCGGAGAUGAUCCCGAGGCUAUAAAAUCUUUGCACAAAUCAGAAGAGGAGCCGGCUUUGCUCGCGUUGAUCGAGCGCUGGUUGGAGCGAACACCAGGCCUAAACGCACAUGGAUUCAACUUCUGGGGAAAAUUCCAAGCAGCCGUCAACAACAUGAUACAAGAAGACAUAGAAGCAGCUAUGAAUGAACCACAUGAGGUUGUGAGGAACCAUAGACUGAAAGAUGCUGAGAAUAGACGUGAGACUUACCGCUCUAUCUUCGACCCGGACGUUCAUAACGCAUUGAGAUCACGAGGAGAGAGGAGGUUGUCCCACAAGGCGUUGCAAGGCGCCAUCAUGAUAACGUUCUACAGAGAUGAGCCUCGUUUCUCUCAGCCUCACCAACUUCUGAUGCUGCUUAUGGACAUCGACAGUCUGAUCACAAAAUGGAGGUAUAACCACGUGAUCAUGGUCCAACGCAUGAUUGGCUCCCAGCAACUAGGAACUGGUGGAUCGUCAGGCUAUCAGUACCUAAGAUCUACGCUCAGUGACCGUUACAAAGUAUUCCUGGAUCUUUUCAAUCUAUCCACGUUCCUCCUACCACGUUCCCUGAUCCCUCCUCUGGAUGACGGGAUGAAGAAAGAUCUGAACCUAAUGUGGGGAGAUCUCAAGGAAAUGGGAGAAAACGGAGAAACCCAACUGAACGGAGAAAAUGAACCUUUGGAGCAGUCAAUCUCGAAUUUAACACUCAAAGAUAAAUCCUGA